UGGUUACCUCUUUCAAAACCUUACUCUUCGCGUCCUCCAAAAAACAAAGAACCUUACUCUUCGCCGUUCAUUUUUAUAUCUCUCUCUUCGUUUCAAAAAGAAAUCACCAAACAACAGCAUCGUCAGUUAAUUGCAAGUGAUUCUGCAUUUGCAGUGACAUAAUUAAGAUGGUGAAGAAAGAGAGGAAGGUGAACGUGUCCGGCAAGCCAAAGCAUUCACUGGACACAAAUCGGAGCAAUGGAAGUAGUAGCUCUACGCGUAGCGCCGCCACUGUUCGGCGGCUGAAGAUGUACAAGAAUAAACCGUUGCGUGACAGUAAGGGCAAGAUAUUGAAGCAUGAUUUGCAAUCUAAGGACUUGCCCAGUACUCGUAUCGUACCUGACCGCCGUUGGUUUGGAAAUACAAGGGUUGUAAAUCAGAAGGAGCUUGAAUUUUUCCGUGACGAGCUUCAAAGUCGGAUGUCAAGUAGCUAUAAUGUUAUCUUGAAGGAGAGAAAGCUUCCAUUAUCCCUUUUAAAUGACCAUCAGAAGCAAGCCAGAGUACAUCUUCUUGAUACAGAGCCCUUUGAGGAUGCAUUUGGACCUAAGCGGAAGAGGAAACGCCCAAAGCUCUUGGCAGCUGAUUACGAGUCUUUACUUAAGAAAGCUGAUGGUUCUCAGGAUGUUUUUGAGACGAAGCAUGGUACUGAUGCCCCUGCAGAAGGAAGUGAAGGUGAUGGGUUUAGGGACCUGGUUCGGCAUACAAUGUUUGAAAAAGGCCAGAGUAAGCGUAUAUGGGGUGAACUAUACAAAGUUAUUGAUUCAUCAGAUGUUGUUGUCCAGGUUAUAGAUGCCAGGGAUCCCCAAGGAACUAGAUGUUAUCAUUUAGAGAGGCAUUUAAAAGAACAUUGCAAGCAGAAGCACAUGGUUCUUCUGUUAAACAAGUGUGAUCUUGUUCCGGCUUGGGCAACAAAGGGCUGGUUAAGGAUAUUAUCCAAGGAAUAUCCGACUUUAGCAUUCCAUGCAAGUAUCAACAAGUCCUUUGGCAAGGGUUCUCUUCUAUCUGUACUGAGACAAUUUGCCCGCUUAAAGAGCGAUAAGCAAGCAAUAUCAGUUGGAUUUGUUGGGUAUCCCAAUGUUGGAAAGUCAUCAGUUAUCAAUACGCUGCGCACUAAGAAUGUUUGUAAGGUUGCUCCUAUUCCAGGGGAGACAAAGGUCUGGCAGUAUAUAACAUUAACAAAACGGAUCUUCUUGAUUGAUUGCCCUGGAGUUGUUUAUCAGAAUAAAGACACUGAAACUGAUAUUGUAUUGAAGGGAGUGGUACGUGUCACUAACUUGCAUGAUGCUGCUGAACACAUAGGAGAAGUCCUGAAACGUGUCAAGAAGGAGCACCUGCAAAGAGCAUAUAAAAUAAAAGAGUGGAAUGAUGAGGACGAUUUCUUGGUUCAGCUGUGCAAAUCAACAGGCAAGCUUUUGAAGGGUGGUGAGCCUGACUAUAUGACGGCGGCAAAGAUGGUCCUCCACGACUGGCAGCGAGGUAAGAUACCUUUUUUCGUUCCUCCACUGCGGCAACAAGAUGACAUUGUAGAACAUGAUACAUUCGGUAUGGACGAGGAGGCUGCGGAGGAUAGUAAUCAAGAAUCUGCAGCUUUUAAAGCGAUUGCGAAUGUCAUGUCAUCCCAACAACUUAGAAGCGUCCCUGUCCAGAGGGAUCUCUUUACCGAUAAUGAGUUGAAAGGUGAUGGAACUGACCCGACCGACUACGAGAUGCCCGAGUCGCCUUCCGGGACGGAGGAUGAAAUAGCUGAUGAGCUUCCAACUGAAGAGGAUAAAAUAGAAGAGAAGGUACAGGCAACUGAAUCAUAGUUGGGAUCUACCUUUUCUUUUUUAAAAGUCUGGAAACUAAGAGAUUUUGAGAUCUAGAGAGAAGUAAAGAAAUUAUGAGAUUUUUGCUAGGUAACGUAGUAGUUGCUUGAUAAGUAAUUUUGCUCCUUAAUUUAAGUUUUCUUUUAAAAUCUUGUUAGCUUCAAUUCAAAGUAUUAAGUAUUAAUUGAAGCAAUGUGUUUUCAGUUUCU